CUGCUCGUCUUUUCUUGCCCCUUACCUGCUCAUUUUUUCGUAUGCUUACGAUUUAGAUGCUACACAUUACAGUUCCCUGUACUGAUCGACGGUAAAAUUUAUGAGAGCGGCGAUCAUUACUAUCAAAUCCAGAAAGUACAUGACCUCUGUGGAACUGUCAGCGACAAGUUGACUGAAACAGUGCGAGAUGAGAAAGGACGUCGUCUUGAUGGAAAAGUUGGUUUCAGUGAGCAUAGGGAUAAAAGCUUCAGCCAAAUUGCUAAAGAUGUGAUUCGGCUGAAUAACGUAGGCGUCGACAAGAAGAAGGUGGAUGAAUGGCGGUAUUCAAGAGGUUUAGAAGUUAUGCAGAAGGCACUUUUGGCUAAGGUGUGUUUUCACGCAUCAUUUAUCGACGGUAGCCAGUUUCAUUGCCAUUCUCUUUGA